AUUGGUAAAUUAUUUUCCCACAUUCCAAUCAUUCUCUCUCUCGUGCUUAUUGUGUCAUCAACGCAAGAGUUGCAGCAGCAAUUAGCGUCGAUUAGGGUGGUGCUGCUGGCCAUUGGAAUACGUGAAAAGCAGCAGCAGGAUGGUGAAUUUUAGAGAUGAAGCUCUCAAGUUGUCUAAUUGCUUUGUUACUCUUCUAUGGUACUUUCUGCAAAUAAUUGUCAGCACAUGGUGUUUUGUAUCAGCCAUGGUUAGUUUGUUUGAAAGCUAUUUCAUCUCUUAUGGAGUAUUGAAGAAAUACAAGUCUGUUCAUAUAGGGAAGGUUAGGUACCUUGCCAUUGUCAUAGAAAGCGAAGAUGCUAACCAGACGUCAAAAGUUGUUAAACUUCUGGAGUGGCUGGACUCUAUUGGUGUGAAAUAUGUCUGCCUCUACGACAUGAAUGGAGUGUUGAAGAAGUCUAAGGAAGCCAUAUUUCAAAAGUUCAAGAAUGCAAAAUCCAUAGAGGAAGUUAAUGGAGCUGUCACGCACCAUGUUCCUGAUCACAUGAUUUUAGAAUUUAUUUCUUAUGUAGAUGGGAAGGAGGCAUUGGCCAAGGCAGCUAACUUGAUUUUUGUGGAUAAUUUGAAACAACAUAACUUGGGUGGAGGACUUAAGGGUCAAAUCUUGUUAGAGUCGCAACUGAAUGAGGCACUGCAAAUUGUUGGUGGCAAAGGCCCAGAACCUGAAAUUUUACUGGUUUAUGGACCUGUGAGGAGCCAUCUCGGUUUUCCUGCGUGGAGAAUUCGGUAUACAGAGAUUGUGCAUAUGGGACCAUUGAACUCAAUGAGAUACGGUUCUUUAAUAAAAGUUAUUCACAACUUCACCAAAGUGCACCAAAAUUAUGGUACAUAGGGGAGGAAUUUUGAAGUAAUGGACUGGGCAAGCACAAGGCAUAGUAUAGAAUAAUAUCUAGCUAAAUAUCUUUGUGGAGGAAGGGCUUCCUCACUAGUCACUAGUAUUGUGUAAAUAUGUCAUGAUGAGAUAUAGCAGGGCAAGUCAUGAUUUAGUUUCACUCACUAUUAAUUUUUCAAAUGCAAGAUUAUACGA